CGUAGGACUGCUGCUGCACUUUGGAUAACGAAGGAAGUGACGAAUCUGCAAUACUAGUGGAGAAAAAAAGCUCCCGGUGAGGAAAACAGAAACUAAAAUUGAAGUCAGAGUGUAAAGCGCAGCGUCCCGAGUCAGCGCGAACGUCAAUGGCACGAGGACGAAUGUGCACGAGCUCACAAAUCAAAGUUCCCUCAGUGAGAGGCGCGAGACGACUGAAAACAUCAGAUUGACCCGUGUGUGACGCGGCUCUCCUACUACAUGCUUAUUUACCAAACGUGGGAAGCCUAUAAACGUUUUUAACAUACUUUAUGAAUUCGGUCGUAUAUCCAGCCUAAAAAAAAUAUGGAUGAAGUGGACGUGUAAUUUAAACGCGGACCCGCUGUGAGUCUAUCCGAAGAGUCUUGAGGAAUGAGUCGAGCCACAUCAACGCUACAUUAUAACUGCUGGACUGUUAUUCCAGUGCCUUCCGAGCUCGGACUUUGAGUUUUAGGAUAAUCUGGAAUGUUGGCGAGGUGGAUUUCAUCGGGUUCAGUUCGGUUAACUGUGUUGGUUUGGCUGCUCGCGGUGUCGGUAAGUUUAGGGUCUAGUUCGGAGCUGAAGGUGAGAGUUCGUUUAGCCGAUGGACAGAUCACAGAUGAAGUUCUGGAGGCGGACGGAGAGAAGGACUCCAUCAGUGUGGAGUUCAAACAGGGAGAUGGGACUCUUAUCACGUUUGUGGCCGAUUUCAAGCAGGAUGUGAAGAUCUUUCGGGCGCUGAUCCUGGGAGAGCUUGAGAGAGGGCAGAGCCAGUACCAGGCGCUCUGCUUCGUCACACGCCUCAACCACAAUGAGAUCAUCCCCAGCGAGUCCAUGGCCAGACUCCGGCAGAAAAAUCCCCAAGCCAUCCGCAUAGCAGAAGAGAAGAGGAGCACGGAGAUGCUGAGCAUGAACGUAGCGGUCAACUUGACACGAACAUGGCAGUUGAGCACCCACAUCCACAACAUCUGCAGCGUUGCCCGGGAGGCAGUGUACACGCGUGAGGCUGACGUCAAACACUGGCUGGAAAAAGGUGUGGAAGGCUCCAUGUUCGAGCCCUUAGCAAUAGAAGUGCCUGGCCUUCCAAGCUGUGGGACGGUGAAGGACCUUUGGCAGCCUUGUUCCUGCAGCUACAACUUCAGACUGGAGUGGUACCCCUGCCUGCUAAAAUACUGUCGCAACAGGGACACCUCCAGCAGGGGCAGUCCUUAUAAAUGCGGCAUCAAAAGCUGCAGCAAGGGUUACCAUUUUACAUACUAUGUGCCCCACAAACAGCUGUGCCUAUGGGAGGAAGAAACCUAGAGAAUUAAGACUCUGCUUCCAGAAAAACUGUUAAUGUGACCUUUACCAUGGGGUUUGUUCACCUCCAAGCCUUCAGACGCAUGUGCCUACAGAGAUGUUUAAAUUACUUUUCCUUGGAUGAGUGUUUGCGGAGCUGUGAUUAAAGCUGGACUUUACAGCAUCUGAGCAGCGCCGUGGUCUGAUUUAAAAUCUUUAGACCAGUCUGCCAGAUCUUUUAUUUUUGAGGAACAGUCAUUGUUGCAUUUGGCUGAUGCAUUUCAGUUGGUCAGUAGUAUUUAAAGCUCUCAUCCUGGUCCUGUGGAAUGAGUUUCUAGAUGCAUUGAUUUGUGAAAUGCAGCAAGUUUAAGAUAAAUUUGUCAGUAUAAAACAAGAUGUUGUCUUUAAUUUAGCUUGCGUCAGGUUGCCAAUCUUUCUUUUUUCAGAAACUGGUAUUAUUUAUUUUGCAGUGGGAAAAUAUUGAAGAUCCUUAAGCACCGUGCACAUUUAUUUUUAUUUAAUUUUGUUUUUUAUUAUUUUCUUGUAUGCUGAUACUAUGUUCCGAAUGGGUUACAUUCAAGGCACUGUUUUAGGUUUGCAGUGGACGUACACAUUUGGAUUAUGUUGGUACAGAUGGAUAACACUAUUUGUUGAUUCAUUCAGUCUUCGUCGUAAUUCAGACAGAUGCAAUCAUGUGAAUUCAAUCACCUCAAGUCUUAAUGCUGACAACAAUAAUGUUGGAUUGUGUGUAUAUGAGGGGUCAUUGGAUCAUAUGGUAUUAUAACAGUAUCAUUCAAGGACCAUUUGGUUUAGCUCUGCUUGCAAUGUGUUGCUGUCGAAAGUCACAUUUUGUAUGUGAAUAAGAAGCAUUACACCCUCACUAGCUGGAAACAGUCGACACUGUUACUUUGGUUCCUUGUGUUAUUUUACCAAAGUCAGAUCAGGGUAUGUCCUGACAAAACAAGAAUGAAAGGCAAUAGAGGCAGCAGUCAUUCACUAAGUAAAGUCCUGAGAUCUUUGUUACUGUGCACCCAACACUGCCAUCUUCUGGUUAUGCAACAUUACUUAACCUGUCUCAACAGAGCUGGGAACCUCAAAUUUGGAUAUAUGUCCUAUUUUAAGGAAUCCUGUUUUGUGUGGUAUUAAAUGUCUUAAAAUUUUUCAGCUUCAGAAGUCGCUCUUUAAACAGGACCAAGACCACGGAAUGAGCCCUAUCAUGAAUGUCAAAAACUGUAUUUUAUCACUUUCAUUUACCUUCAACACAUGUCUUCCUUUUCUUACUAUCAGAAUAUUAACUUUUAACAUGCCUCAGUUGUAGUUUAUGGUACUAAAAUGUUUAUACUGAUUUGUUUAAUGUUUUGUUUUUGAAGAGUUUAAGUGUUAUUAUUUGUUAAAAGUGUUGUUUGAGAUCACCUGAAACCACCCUAGCCAACAGUUAUUGUCUGGAAUCUAAGUGCCUUGAUGAUUCAGUGUUUACUUUUUCUUUAAAAAGAUAAAGCUGGUUUGAAUAAAGUCUCAAAACUAUUUUCCUACGAAAAUGACUACGAGCAUAAUAUGAAGAACUUUUAAAUAAAACCUCCUUUG